AUGAUCACUUCACCUGAAAUCUACCACCUGGCUCUCCCUUAUGAUCAACCUGUCCUUGGUGGUCUCCGUCCUGGGAUGUCUGUAUAUGUGAAUGGCACAGUGCCCCAAGACUCUGACAGCUUCUCAGUGGACUUCGCCUGUUGCCAGCAUAAAGGGGCUGACAUUCCUUUCCACUUCAGCCCUCGUUUUAAAUUUGAGAAUCUUGUGCUCAACACGUUUCAGUCUCACAGGUGGGGAAAGGCAGAGAUACACAAGAAUCCCUUCCAAAAGGGCGAGCAUGUUGAGAUCAUCGUCAUUGUCAAUGAGGCCGAAUACCAGAUCUUCGUGAACGGGAAUCCCUUCUGCAACUACAGCCACAGAUUUCCACCACAACGUGUGCAAAUCAUUAGAAUUGAUGGAGACCUGGAGCUGCAGUCUCUGAAUGUGACGGCAGGACCAAAUAUGGAGGACACAAUAAUGACGAACCCUGCAAUCUACUACCCACCGAUGCCCUACACAGGCGACAUUCCUGGAGGUCUGGGAGCCAACAGGACCAUCACAGUCCAAGGCUCUAUUCCCCAAAACGCUAAAAGGUUUGAAAUAAAUUUUAUGGCUGGCCAGGAACUUGCUCUGCAUAUUAACUUUCGCAUGAAACCGUGGAAAGCCGUAGUACGCAAUAGUUUUUUGCAAGGUAGCUGGGGAAACGAGGAAAGCAACUUGACCUUUAACCCUUUUCAGCCUGGGCAGCACUUUAAGCUCUCAAUCAACUGUGACAACCAUGAAUUCAAGUUUUAUGCUAACGACCAGCCCUUCUUCAACUACACUCAUCGUUAUGUCCCUAUCAAACACAUCCGCACCCUAGAGAUUGAGGGAGACGUGACCCUUUCCUACAUCAAGUACUAA